AAGACGGAUUUAACUUUGAAUAUAAUUCGUUAUUGAGUUCAUGUACAUCAUUGAUCGAUUCAUCUGUGCUUAUGAAAAGUCGAACUAAAUUCGAUUGCCUCUUCGUCUUCGUCUCCACCGUCUCUUCUUCUACCUCUCGCUCCCUACAAAAGGACGCUUCUCAUGAGCCGUCUCUCUCCUCCGUCUAUUCUCCGUUGCCGCCUCUUUAUCCGUUGGUUUUGCUCUCCGCAUUCAAUGGGCCGUCCUCGUGUGGUCCGUCGCUGGGUUCGGGUCUCCUCCGACCCUUCUCCGGCUCCAAGCCACCUUGAUGCGUCUACUGUUUCCGUCAUCUCUGAUAGUUCAAAGGUGGAUUCUUUUGGGAUUGCUGGUAAAGGCAAAUCCAGUGUGGCAGCAGGUGGUGUUGACUCAGGAAAACCCUUAAAGAUCAGUGACUAUGACGUCGAAUUCCCAGAGCUUGGCGCUUGUACAGGAUCUGGACACAAGGACUAUGGCAAGUGUAGGGGUGUGGUUGACGAUGGUUUUGGCCUGACAAUGAUACAGGAUGCAACCCCAGCUCUGUCGGAGGAUUCACGGUCUACAAAUCGGAAAAGCCGUGAGGGUUUUAGAUCGUCAAGGAGGGAUCAUUGGAGGUCUGGAGGUGAGAAGAGGCACCAAAAUCCCAUGCGGAGAGCAAAUUUGCCGUUUGACAUUUGUGUCCCUGGAGGUGGACGAAAUGCAAGCGUGGGAAAAGGGAGCCACGUUACGGAAACAGAGCGAGGCUUUGAAGUUAUCAGCAGUCCAGAAAUUCUAAGGCCUGGAAUGGUUCUGCUUAAACAAUAUCUUACACAUGAUGAGCAGGUGGAUAUAGUUGAGACUUGCCGAAGACUUGGUGUUGGGCCAGGAGGGUUCUAUCGGCCUGGUUAUAGGGACGGUCGAAAGCUUUGUUUGCAGAUGAUGUGCCUCGGUCUCAAUUGGGAUCCCGAGACAAAAUACUCUGUUAAACGUGCUGGAAUGGAUUGUAAACCACCUGAUAUUCCUCAUGAGUUUGUCGCAUUGGUUCAACAGGCAAUUAGUGAUGCGUCUGCUCUUGCAAAAGUGGGUUCUGGAGCUGAAGAUGCUGAGAGUGUAAUUCCGGAAAUGUCUCCAGACAUUUGCAUAGUGAACUUCUACACAGCUACUGGAAGGCUCGGCCUCCAUCAGGACAGGGAUGAGAGCAGAGAGAGCAUAAAGAAGGGGUUGCCCAUUGUAUCCUUCUCGAUAGGUGAUUCGGCAGAGUUCUUGUACGGGGAACACAGAGAUGUGGAAAGAGCUGAGAAAGUGACGCUCGAGUCAGGAGAUGUGUUGAUAUUCGGCGGCGAGUCAAGGCUCGUCUUCCAUGGCGUUAAGUCUGUCGUUCCUCACUCUGCGCCCAAGCGUUUGCUCUGCGACUCUAAACUUCGGACCGGACGCCUCAACCUUACUUUCAGGCAAUUCUGAAACCCCCCUUUUGGUCUACCCAUUUAUUUAGUUGGCCUCAAAUGGCUUUAUGCACUAAAUUUAGUAUGUGGAUUCUCUUUCUCAAAAUUUCCGUUCGGAUAUAACGUGGGGCUGUGUGGUGAAUGGUAACUCAAGCUACUUUAGUACAUGUCGCUGGCUAUGGACUUCAUACAUGCAUGUGUGCCAGGCUGGCAUUUUUGCAAUGUCCGUAUACAA